AUGAGAUCAGUUUUGGUGGUUCUGGCAGCCAAGACAUGUAUCUUCGGACUGCUGCUUUUCGCUUCGUUGUUGUUGCUGGCUAGUCCAACACAAGGGCUGAUCAAUGGUGAUGGUCAUGAGGUAGGAUUUGAGGGUCUAAAUGAAAAAAUAUUAAACUUAAAAAAAAGUUUUUUAAAUAUGUUGUUCAAAUAAUUCUGUGCCCCAAACCUCAAAUAUUUUUUUGCGAGAAGGCACAGAAUUAUUUGAACAAUUUAACAUUAAUAAUAAAGUUAAACUUACGGGCAAUUUUUGUUUAAAACGCCAAGUUUUAGGUAACAGUAGUUUUUGUGACGGAAAUUGUUGUAGUUUUUAUUAUUUCGAUCGAACUUGGCCAUUCCAUAUCAUCCUUAUUGAGAGGAGUGUAUGCCUAUCGAAAAGACAAGAUUAUUCGAAGAGAAAUUGCUGUUUGUAAGUUUUAUUAUAAAAACGCAUGUUUUACUGAUCAUUAUAUUGGUCAAAAAAUAAUUUCUAGCGACUUUUUGACCAAAUUUUAAUUUAAUUUUCACAAAACUCUUUCGUAAACAAUGUUUUUUACUAUGUAGUAUUUCCAUAUUAAUCAUACGAUAUUUUAAAACUAUUAUACCAAGUUCUAAAAAUACUAUUACCUCCAGACAUAACAGCCGGCUCUAUCAUUGGAGCGACCUAUUUCUAUUACCAAAAUUUCGGAUCGGCCGAGACAAAGCGACUGGGAACAUGGACGGGCAUGUUGAUGAUAAUGACUAUUGUUCAAAUCUCCGACCGCAUCUAUGCUCGUCGCGUGUUGCGAAGAGUCGUGGAUCAUACAAUAUAUAUGAACCAGAAGGCUGGCAAUUUCAUCGACGAGGAUGGCGCUGCUUCUUUAUAUGAAAUUCAGGUAGAGAUUUGUUAAAUCAUAUUAUCUCAAGCGUAUUUUACCCUAUUUUUCUAUUCGAGGUUUUGGGUAAUAUAUUAUACUUGAUAUCAACAAGAGAAAAACUUGAUUAUCCCCUAUAAAACAUGUUUUAACAUACCCAAUAAUCUUAAUCUGACUAUAAAAUACUGUUUUAGCUACGACGAAAGGUAUUUGGUCGUUACGGUUCUUCUCCAUACGAAAGUCCGAUAAAGAAUGUCCUUCAUGUUGAGUACCACCAGUUGAUGUGUUUCGCGGCACGCUUGGAACGGCUCAGCCGUACUCAGGAGAAAGGUUUGUUCGCGUUGGACGAGAUCCGCCGCGAGCUGAUUUGUCAUGUCAGAAGCUUUGGCCUAACCGAACACGAAACCGAGAAAUGGAGAAAGAUUGCCGAUGCUCCUAUGUUAAUAUUCCCGGACAUUGAUUAA